CGGAAGUCUCUGAGUGGAGCUGUCCGUUUCCAUCUUCAGUUUAAUCAACGUCAGUUCACCAUGAAUCCGUUGACGAAGGUGAGGCUGAUCAAUGAGCUCAACGAGCGCGAGGCCAACCUUGGGGUCAAUGAGACAGUGUCAUGGCACACAGAGUAUAAAGACAGCGCCUGGGUAUUUGUUGGUGGGUUUCCGUAUGAGCUGACGGAGGGUGACAUCAUCUGUGUCUUCUCUCAGUACGGAGAGAUCGUCAACAUCAACCUGGUCCGAGACAAGAAGACGGGGAAGUCGAAAGGUUUCUGCUUCAUCUGCUACGAGGACCAGAGGAGCACCAUCCUGGCAGUCGACAACUUCAACGGCAUCAAGAUUAAAGGUCGGACCAUCCGGGUGGAUCACGUUAAAGAUUAUCGACCGCCCAAAGACUCGGAGGACAUGGACGACAUCACCAAACAACUGAGAGAGGAAGGCUGCGCUCCGAAAGCCCCGGAGUUGUCAUCCUCCUCCUCCGAUGAAGACGAUCAGUACGUCAUCCCUCUGAAGAAGGUCAAAAAAGAUAAGAAAGAGAAGAAGAAGAAAAAGAAGAAAGAGAAGAAGAAGGAGAAAGAGAAAGAAAAGGAAAGAAGCAGCCGGGCGGCGCACUCCUCCUCUUCAUCACCUUCUCCUCCUCUUCCUCCUCCUGCUGCUGUCAGGGUUAAAGAGGAAAAAGAAGAUGCCGGCUAUGACAAGUACAACCAGAGGGGGGCGCCAAAGGGAAGAGAACAGAACGGACAGAGGACGAGGGAAGACGAGAGAGACAGACAGAGACAGACAGACGGAGACGAGAGACGCAGAGACGCAGAAAGAGACGUAGAAAGAGACGAUAGAAGACGAGACACAGAAAGAGACGAGAGACGAAGAGACGCAGAAAGAGACGAAAGACGAAGAGACGCAGAAAGAGACGAAAAACGAAGAGACGCAGAAAGAGACGAAAGACGAAGAGACGCAGAAAGAGACGAAAGACAAAGAGACGCAGAAAGAGACGAAAGACAAAGAGACGAUAGAAGACGAGAUGUAGAAAGAGACGAAAGACGAAGAGACACAGAAAGAGACGAAAGACGAAGAGACACUGAAAGAGAUGAAAGACGAAGAGACGCAGAAAGAGACGAUAGAAGACGAGAUGUAGAAAGAGACGAUAGAAGACGAGACAUAGACAGAGAUGAUAGAAGAAGAAAUGAUAGAAGAGACGUAGAAAGAGACGAAAGAAUAAGAGACUCAGACAGAGACGACAGAAGAAGAGACAUGGACAGAGACCGGUACCGUAAACACUGACAGUCUGUAGAAACCUGCUGACAACGUUUGGUCCAGUUUGUUCAGUUCUGAUCUGUGUUUUGUGUUUUUUUGAGUUUAUCUGAAUAUCACACAUGUACCAUUAAAUCAUUCUGAGUUAAUAGUGGCAGUUAAAGCUGCAGUACUUGAUAUUUUCAGUAUCACCAGGCAAAAAUUUGUAUGUAUAUUAUGGUUCAAGUGUUCUGACAGAAAACACGAUUUUUUUUGCUCUGUUUUCAUUUUGUGGAAAAUCUGCUCUGUGAUUGGUGGAUUUAUCCGCCUUUAGGUAUUUUCAAACAAGUGAAUUUCCUUCUGAAAUAAACAAAAUAUGUCUUAAAAAUGUGCAACGAUUCAGUAAAAAACCUAAAAACAGGCACACAUUUCUAACACAUGAUGCUUCAGAAGAAAAUUCAUGUCACAGUUUUAGUGUUUGUGCUCAUUUUUCUAUGAAUUUUCCGUAACAGCAGAUCGGAGGUAGUUAAUAAACACUCCAUUAGAAACUGGAAACUUUUUAUUAUAAGAUUAGCAGAUACUUUUCUUCAGUUACCUGUAAUGUGAUGCAGAAUAAUUGUAUUAUUCUUGUGAAAUGUUUGUAUUGUCUUUAAGAAUUUUGUAAUAAAAUGUUUUCAGACCAGUU